CUUGUUGCAUGCUGCUUGCAUUUGUUAUACCACACACUGCAGGUAUUUCAGGAGGUGUUGUGGUGAUAAUGAGACGCUUUUAUUGUACAGCAGGCGCAGGGAUGGAGGAUUUACUGGCCAAGGAGGUGAAAAACAAUCUCUCUGCUACUGAAGUGGAGCAGAUCUCAGGAAGAGUGUUCUUCUGCAGCAAUGCACAUCUGCUCAUUGUGACACAACUGAAAUCUGCAGAGAGGCUGUUUCUUCUCUUACGCAAAGCUGCAGCUAUUUCGCUUCCCAACAAUCCAGCAAAGGCAGCUGAUGUUAUACAGCAAAGCAUUGUGGGAGAUGCGGACAUGUGGAAACAGAACGUUUUAACGUGGACAACCUUACAGGGUGAGCUUCAAGACAGUCAGCAGCGUGGACAGAAGAGAAAGAGAGAGGAAGAUGAGAUUUUAAUUGUGGAUGCAACCUCCACAAACUCUAUGAAUUCUAAUAUACAGUUGGUGAUGGACCCACCGUCUUUCCGAGUCAGCUGCCGCUGCAGUGGACUCAUUGCUCGCUCUUAUACAUCUCAGAGACUGAGUCGUAUUAUUGGGAUGGCCAUCAAAGAAAAGCUUGGGUGGAAGGUAGAUCUCAGAGAGCCUAAACUUGAGGUGAAUGUGUAUUUAAGUGAUGACCAUUGCAUUGUAGGCAUGCCUCUCUUGAAGCAUCCACUGGCUAGUCGUCAUUAUAUGAAACACAACGGGUUGCGUUCUACAAUAGCCUGGGCCAUGACCUCACUUUGCCCUAAACAGUUGAAUGAUUGUGUGAUUUUAGACCCAAUGUGUGGAGUUGGAGCUGUGUUGCUGGAAGCAGCCCAAGAGUGUUCUAAUACUGUGUUUCUAGGCAUGGAUAAAGACAUGUCUCAGUUGAAGAAAGCUACAGAGAAUGUGAAAGCAGCUGGAAUGGAAGGAAGAGUUCACCUACUUCAGUGUUCUGCUAUGGAGAUCCCACUGAACGAUGGAGCGGUUGAUGCUGUUCUGUGUGAUGUUCCUUUUGGCAGAAAGUUCAGCUGUAGCACUGACAUGCCCACUGCCUUGCCACGCUUACUGAAAGAGAUGGAGAGGGUACUUCGUGUUGGUGGACAUCUCGUUCUAUUACUGAGUUUACAACUUUCUGCCCAGUUAAAGAAGAUCAUUUGCAAAAACGAUCAACAUGCAAACUCUUCAGACAAACAGAGAGUUCACACUGACCCCACAAACGCAAACAAGGAAUGCACAGACACACCAGAAAACUUAAUGUGUUAUAAAUCAAGCUCCAAAACACCCAUAUUAAUCACAUCAUUACAAGCACACAAUACACACAAGGUUAGUUUGGGGAGCACCGAUGCAUUUAUACACACAUUCACCAAAGUACAACCUGAAAUGUGCUCGUACUGAACAUAAUUUACCCUGAUACAUUUGCAGACAAUCCAAAAUAAAUGAGUGAUUUUAAUAAAAUA